AAAUUUGAAAAGAAACAAAAACCAAAUGGGCUUUGGGGUGAGUAGUCAGAGCUCAGAACAGAAGUAAAAUCACGGCCACCGCCUUUCGACGUCACAAAUACCGGUUCCCGAAACCUUAUGACGUGGCAAACCAUCAUUGGAUAAAAUCAAAACGACAACAAUCUUAUCAUCGUAUCAACCGUACCCAAUCAUAUCCCAAACUUCUUCUUCAUCACAGGAACAGAAGCUUUAUUUUUGAGUUUUCCUAAAAAAAAUCCAAUCUUUAUUCUCUCAAAAAGAACAGGAGAAUAUUCAAUAUCCAUUCUCAAUGGGGACCCAAGCUGUGCCCGUGGAGAUAACGGAGCCACUGAUUCACGAUUCGGAGAAGAUUACCACCGUUGAGCCUAAUGACGAUUGCGGCCCAAUUCCAGAAUGGAAAGAUCAGAUCACGAUCAGAGGUUUGGUGGUCAGCGCACUGUUGGGUAGUCUUUUCUGCAUCAUCACACACAAGCUCAAUUUAACGGUUGGGAUCAUUCCUUCGUUGAACGUUGCAGCUGGGUUGUUGGGUUUCUUCUUCGUUAAGUCGUGGACUGGUCUUUUAUCCCAAUUGGGGUUCUCUGUUAGGCCCUUUACUAGGCAAGAGAAUACUGUUAUACAGACUUGUGUUGUUGCUUGCUAUGGCCUUGCAUUUAGCGGGGGUUUUGGGUCGUAUCUUAUUGCUAUGAAUGAGAAAACUUAUAAUCUUAUUGGACCUGAUUAUCCGGGAAAUAGAGCUGAAGAUGUUAUAAACCCAGGAUUGGGUUGGAUGACUGGGUUCUUAUUUAUCGUUAGCUUUCUUGGUCUUUUUAGUCUUGUUCCACUUCGAAAGGUUAUGGUGAUGGAUUACAAGCUUACAUACCCUAGUGGAACUGCAACAGCUAUGUUGAUCAAUAGCUUUCAUACAAACACUGGAGCAGAACUUGCAGGGAAGCAAGUUCGUUGUCUUGGGAAAUAUUUAAGCAUAAGUUUGGUAUGGAGCUGCUUUAAGUGGUUCUUCAGCGGGAUUGGAGAUUCAUGUGGAUUUGACAAUUUUCCUACCCUUGGAUUGACACUAUUUAAGAACACGUUUUAUUUUGACUUUAGUCCAACUUAUGUUGGAUGUGGUCUUAUUUGCCCUCACAUAGUCAACUGCUCAGUUCUCUUUGGGGCUAUCAUAUCAUGGGGUCUCCUCUGGCCAUUCAUAUCUCAACAUGCUGGGGACUGGUAUCCAUCAGAUCUUGGUAGCAAUGAUUUCAAAGGUCUUUAUGGAUAUAAGGUCUUUAUUGCUAUUUCUCUUAUUCUGGGGGAUGGAAUCUACAAUUUGGUCAAGAUUAUAGCCAUUACUAUGAAGGAAAUGUGCAAUGCAAGCUCCAGACAGAGCAAUCUUCCUGUUGUUGUAGAUGCAGCCGUAGAUGCAGAGAGCUCUAAGCUACAACUGGAGCAAAAACGAAGGGAUGGGAUAUUCCUGAAAGAUGGGAUACCUACUUGGUUCGCAGCUUCUGGGUACGUAGCCUUGGUUGCAAUAUCAACGGCGGUUAUGCCAAUGAUCUUUCCACCGCUCAAGUGGUAUCUGGUUCUUGGUUCAUACGUCAUUGCUCCAGCCCUGGCCUUCUGUAACUCUUAUGGCACUGGCCUCACAGACUGGAGUUUAGCGUCAACCUAUGGAAAGAUCGGUCUUUUCAUGAUUGCUUCAUUGGUUGGAAGCAAUGGAGGAGUAAUAGCUGGAUUAGCAGCUUGUGGUGUUAUGAUGUCGAUUGUUUCCACUGCAGCGGAUCUCAUGCAAGACUUCAAGACAGGUUACCUCACUCUCUCUUCAGCUAAGUCUAUGUUUUGGAGCCAGUUUGUUGGAACAGCCAUGGGUUGUGUGAUUGCCCCACUCACAUUCUGGUUGUUCUGGACUGCCUUUGACAUCGGAGACCCUGAUGGUCCAUACAAAGCACCUUAUGCUGUAAUCUUCAGAGAAAUGGCCAUUCUUGGUAUUGAGGGCUUCUCUGAGCUUCCAAAACACUGCUUAGCCAUGUGUUAUGGUUUCUUUGUCGCAGCCUUGGUUAUAAACCUCCUUAGGGACGUAACACCAGCGAAAGUAUCACAGUUUAUCCCCAUCCCAAUGGCCAUGGCAGUUCCAUUUUACAUUGGAGCUUAUUUUGCCAUUGACAUGUUCGUUGGAACUGUAAUACUUUUCGUGUGGGAACGAGUGAAUAGAAAGAGUUCUGAGGAUUACUCAGGCGCAGUUGCAUCGGGUUUGAUUUGUGGCGACGGUAUUUGGACAGUUCCAUCUGCAAUCCUCUCUAUAUUGAGGGUCAAUCCACCUAUAUGCAUGUACUUUGGACCUUCUUUGAGCAGCUGAAAUGGAGAUACAUGCAGUUGAGGAUGUCUUUGUAAAAUGUGUACUUUGGAAUUACAAACUUUGUAAAUAAUGUCCUUAUGUGCCUGAUAAUAGUAGUUAUGUCACACUGUCAUGUACAUCUCAAGCAUAUGGGCAUGAUAGCAACUACCAAAGCCCAACACCAGUAAGGUCCAAUGAAACAUUCAUAGCUACCUGCCUUUGUUGUUGUUGUUGUUGUUGUUGUUGUUCAGUUCAGCCCUUUAAAGUUUAGCUAUAUCAAAGUUUAUGACCAAUUCUUUCUCCUUUCCUUGUCUCAUGUCAUGUACAUACUAAUGAAUAAAAUUCAUUUUAUGAUAA